AUGUCAUCCACCACCGAAAUACCAGGCCACAAACCCAUCGUCGCCCAAGACGCCAUAGCCGAAGACUCAUCCACAAACCGUUUAUUAGAUCACAACCAAACCAUCCUCCAGCAACAAUUCACCGACAAGGCCAACAUCGCAAACUUCCAACCUACAUCUUCAACUUCCUCGGAAUCAAAAAGGAAAGUGUACUAUUUUGCCUACGGCUCAAACCUCUCUCCAACACAAAUGCAUCUUCGAUGUGAACAUGACCCUUCAACGUCUGGUCGACCAUUAGCCAUUGCGCGAAUAGAUCGUUGGCGAUGGCUGAUUUGUGAGAGGGGAUAUGCUAAUAUUAUUCCUCCAAAGGAAUGGAGGAUAGGUAGACAGAGCGAUGUUGUUUUUGGGGUGUUGUAUGAAAUGACACCUGAAGACGAGUAUCUUCUCGACGGGUACGAAGGUGUUGACCAUUCAGCGCCUGCAUCACAGUACGGCAAUAAGAUUCCCACCGCUAUCAGACCGAGAGAGCAAGACAAUGGUGCUUACAAUAAGUGGUACGUGCCCGCGAAAGUUACAAAGUGGCUUGUUACGGAAGAAGGCCAAGAAGAGGAUGUUACGGUGUUGGUUUAUGUCGAUGAAAAAAGAGUUACUGUUGGACCGCCAAAGUUUGAAGCGAUCAAGGAGUCCCUGGAAUUAGGCAUGCCGAGGAGCUGGGUGGAGAGUGUUAUGAGGAAGGCUAUUCCUGAAUCCUAA